AUGCAAGCUCUUCCUUUGGUGCGUAGCUUCCUGUUGUACAAGUGGAACUCUCCACACAUACCUUCUUCGCUGCAAGUCUUAGUUUUCCUUGAGACCCCACCAUCUGAUGUCGACACGCCCAAGGUCCAGGCGCAACGCGAACUUACAGUUGCUCGCGCGGUCUCAACCACCAAGUGCGAGGAGGUUCUGAGCCUCUCCAGCGUGGCCGAUGGCCCUGAGGAGAACGUGAUUGAUCAUGAGAAAGCGGAUGGUUUGGUUCAAGAUGCUGUGCCCGAUGUUGAGAACAAGACAGAGCAGCCAUCUCAGGACGAUGUCACGCCAGUAAUGGCAGAGGGAAAGAGUGUUGAGGAACCCAAAUCGGUGACCAAAGAAGAGGCUGUCGCAACCCAGGUUGAGCAGGGAGGCAAUAAUGCAUGCAAGGUGUGCAAGUCUAAGAAGAGAGUCGUUCUCAUAGACUACCAGACCUUACCGGGUGGCUUGUCUGUCCCGGGAGUCUACUUAUGCCGCGACUGCAUUAAUGAGCAGCCGACGUCCACAGAUUGGAUGGUGUGA